AUGUCAUCAUCAUCCACUAUUAAAAAACUCCCGCUCUCGAAACUUGCUAGAAUUUUGAUAGAUCUUCGUACAGGUUUAGGUGCGGCAAAGUUAAGCCCAAAAGUUGAAAAGGUUUCAUUGACCUUUUCUAGAAGACAGGACAAUGCCGGCGCGAGAUACUUUUUAAGAGAAAAUUUACCACGAAUAGCUUACAACAACCCUGAUCUUCCUAUCGAAGUUAAUAUUUCAAAGGAGUAUGGAGUGAAACCACUCUUGAAGGUUAAAUUCAAGGAUUCAGAAGAUUACGUGGAAUUACCACUUUCACAAAGAAAUUCAAGUGACAUUUGUCAAGAGUUUCUUGAAAUAACAGAAGCAACACCAACAUUGUUAACGCGACCGUCUAAAUUACAAGAAUUACCAUCAGGAGACGAUUCGCAUGAAACACACCUUUUGCCUGGAUGA